GAGGGUACGUCUUUCAUUUUGGUUUCCCACGCGCCAUGUCGGAGUAAUCACAUACAUACAAACGAUAUUUAAUGUUUAAAUCCCUCGAAAAUGUCUUCCCGCGUCGAACUAAAUUUGUUUUUGGAAGUUGAUAUUCUUACGGCCGGAACGAUUGCUGAAGUUAUAAACUCGGUUUUAGAAUCGCUGCUGUACCAACGGAAUCAAAUACCAUUCGUGUACAAAACGUACAGAUAUUAUGUGAACAAAUGGAAUGAUGACGACGAACAACAAGAGGAUAUGGAGCAAUUGGAUAAUGUGAAGAAUUUUCAAGUCCAAAGACAACGAAAUCUAGCUAAAUCUACAAAAGACUCUAUAAGUGCAAUGCGUGAGGCAAUAAAUGAUACGUUUAGACGGACAGCGGUAAAGUCUUUAAGGUUUUUGUUUGGCGGUACACCAUUUACACCGAAAGAAUCUUACACGAUUCAUAUACCCAUAGAAAAUGUGCUAACAAAUCACGAUUGGGAGCAGCAUCGAAUAGAAGCCCAAAAACUGAACGAAACGUUAAUAUCUUUGUUAACGAAUGAAUCACUUUAUUCCAUAUUCUCUCAAAAUCUAAGUCCAACAAACGUCUACUUGGAAUUUGAAUUAUUUGACAACCCAAUGACUUCAACUCGAUCAUCGCAAGAUUCGAAGUCGAAUAUGUACCCCAAGGAGUUUUCUGCAAUACCAUCAAGUUGCAAGGACAUUCAAAUAAAUUUAAUUCAUAAACGUAAACCAGAAUCGGAAAAUAUGAUAUUUAAAUGUUGUAAGGAUCUGCACAUAUUUGAAGAUAACAUAAGUCCUUACUUAAAAAAUAGUACAUCUCCGUCUGGCUUUUAUGGGGGCAAAAAAUCCAAUUUUUUCAAUCAAGAUGUCGGAUGGUGGGAGUCUGAAGUAAUCGUACGGGGAUUUAAGGAGCAAUCAAUAAAAGGGCAAAAUAUUUGGAAAUAAUUUGUUGCUAUAUUUAAAUUGAUACAAAUAUGAUAUAUUUUUGCUUAUUUUUUAUAUCAACAAUUCAACACUUAAUGUUGAGAAAAUCUAUUUUGUGGGUCACUAGAUAAAUAAAUCGAAAUAUUUAGUUAAA